GAUUGGCAAACAGGGAAAGAAUGAACUGAAAAAAGCGUGCACAUGAGAAGAAAAGAAGCGACGUAACGAUCCACAAAAAAGGACGGUCAACUUAUUUCUCAUCGGAAAGCAACAACAAUGAAGCUGAUGUCACCGAAAAAUUCAAAAUAAACAAAAGAAAGUGGACACGCCGAAACAGUAUGAAAAAUCAUGUCCAUACGAGUGAAUUUUUAAACAAAACGAUACCAAAGAAAUAAUAUCACCAUAAGUGCGAAAAGUCAGUGUUAAUAAGUCAAUGAAAAGAUUUUAGGUGUACAGAAAUUCGAGAACUAAAAAACUAAUAUGUAGAGUGUCGCAAGUGUUUAAAUGACUCUGAAAAUGUAGCAAACCACCGCCUUCCGGAAAGAUAGUGGCUGCUACUAUUGAGCAGUGUUAUGAUAAGUAAAUUGGCAAUAUGGACUUUCCCGCCGCGAGUGGCAAUGACACACAGGUACUCUGCGAGCUCCAGCAUCGGGACUACAUUGUUCCUGAAAAUGAAGUCUGGUGCAGUUGGGCAUGGGAUUCAAUACUUUGUUGGCCUCCGACAAGAGCAUCAACGGUGACCAAACUAAGAUGUCCUUUAGCAAAUGGAAUCGACACAAGAAAGUUCGUGGAAAAGCGUUGUGGCGACGACGGCCGGUGGGAAGGACGCGAUGGCACUACAGGCGAUCGAGAUUCACCAAGCGGAUGGACCAAUUAUACACCCUGCUUUACCCCGGAAAUGUUGCUGCUCAUUAGGAAGCUCUACACUGGUAGUGAGGAUCUCGCCAAGGUCAAACUGGACAUCGCAGCAAAAACGAGACACUUGGAGUUUGUUGGGCUGAGCAUAUCUUUAACGGCACUACUCCUCUCUUUAUCGAUUUUUUGUCGAUUUAGGUCUCUACGAAAUACGAGAACACGAAUCCAUAAAAACCUCUUCGUCGCCAUGGUGAUUCAAGUCGUUAUAAGAUUGACGCUAUACAUAGAUCAGGCAGUUUUUAAAUCGAAGGUGCCGGGAGUUCAGCGAGGCAUUCAGAACACCCCAGUCUUAUGCGAAGCCAGCUACGUACUUCUCGAAUACGCAAGAACGGCAAUGUUCAUGUGGAUGUUCAUUGAGGGCCUCUAUCUGCACAAUUUGGUAACAGGUGAGAGACUGGUGACGCAGAUGCACGAAACCACGCACUACAAAAUGUAUCGUAUAGUUGGCUGGGGUUACCCUAUGAUCAUGACCAUGACUUGGGCAAUCGUCACUGCGCUCAACUAUCAUCCGUCGAAAUGCUGGUGGGGCUACAACUUGUCCUUAUACUUCUGGAUCUUGGAAGGACCGCGAAUGGGAGUGAUAUUGUUCAACUUCUUGUUCCUUCUUAACAUAAUACGAGUACUAGUGGUGAAGCUUCGGCAAACCCGCACCAGUGAAAUACAACAAGUGCGACUAACUCAUGGAAAUUCAAAAAGUUUAACACAGCUGUUUAUUUACGUAUGGAAAGCCGUGAGAGCGGCAUUGGUGUUGCUGCCAUUACUUGGAAUCACCAAUCUCGUAUCAAUGACCGAGGCACCAUUGGAGAAAAGCGUGUGGGAGUUCGCCAUGUGGUCUUACUGCACGCACUUUCUGACCUCCUUCCAAGGAUUAUUCAUCGCAACCCUUUACUGCUUCCUCAACGGCGAGGUGAAGCUAGCUUUAGACAAAACCAUUUCUGUGUACAUGUCCGUGCGAGGCACUGACGUGACGAGACGCCAAUCGAUGAUCAGUGGCUGCCAAACUCAAAGGAUGGCAUCAGUAAUAGAGGUAGAGGAAACGGAGGUAAGGCCAGGUGCUGGCUGGAUUAGAUUAUGUUGUCGAGGUGGAAACAUACCUCCUCCAGAUCGACCAGCUGAAACAAGCCUAUGACCAUGGUGGCGUUGGCGCCUGAAGAAUGACGCCAAACUAGGUUCGGCUGGCUGAGUCAAAUUCUCUCUCUGUGCCUCUGGAGGUCGUCAUCGUUGUCGUCGUCAGGGCUUAAGGGUAGGACAGUAGGUUGUACAAGAAGAGCAAAUAAACGAAAGAGGAUGCUGCUUGUGAGACAAUGGACGAUCAAGAGAAAAAAAGAUAUCACAUCACAAUAUACUUUUAAACAGCCGACUGAUUGCAACGCAAUCAAGCGAUAGUUAGGCAACCAGAAAAAAGCUUCAGUUAUAACUAUUAUAUAUAGCUAAGUGUUUAUCUCAAUUUGACGAAGACGAAUGUCGGCAAUUGACUGCUAUAAAUUUUUUUUCGUUUCUUUUAUUCUUAAUCGUUCAUCGUGGGGAUGAUAUGCUACUCUCUGAGAAUUGGAGGCUGACGUUUCAUGGAAUUAUUCUUUAAUAACUUCAUCGAGAUAAUUGCAUCGAUUGAACUGUGAUCAAAUUUAAAUUGUUGUAUGUAUUUGUUUAUUCACAGCUUUUCCGAAUGAUUGUCAAGAUUAAAGUACACGAAUCAAACAUUUCUUCUAGUCAGCUCGUGCAUUUUUUCGCUCAUAACACAACCAUAUGCCUCAAUCUAUACUUCAUUAUUCAAUAUGUAAAUAUGAAUAUGUAAUUUAAUCCUUACAUGCCAAAGAAACGUUUUACACGAGUGCAAUUAUAUUCAGAAUCAAUCGAUAUAGGCCUAAGCAAAUAUAAUGUGAAUACACGAUUCUUUUUGAAAUUUUCAUGUUUUCAAGAUCUGCCGAUUUUAGUUAUUGAAUAUAUAAGUUUUAAAUGUAGAACACACAAUGACGAGAAUGUAUAAUGUUGAAGAGAACACAAUUUGCUACAUUUUUCCUCAAAGUUUUCUAUAAAAAAAUAGUAAUAGUGCGCAACUUACGAGACCUACAAAAAAUAAUUAAAGAAACUAUGAUGGUAUAAACCAAUGUCAUAUAAUCAAAAUACAACUCCAAAGUUAUCUGACAGUUAUUAUUUAAUAUAUCAUUUAACAGAUGGUGCUUCCGAAGGGGAAAUAUGUUUUAGAAAACUGAUUCAGAAAUUUUUAAUUACUCACUAUUAUUCCGUCUCAAACGUUCCAUACUUAAAAAGUUACUGUAAUUCCAAUUAUUUUUCUUUAUUAUUUUAUUAUCUUUUCUCCUUCGUAAGCAAUCGUUAUAUUAUCUGAAAAUUUACAUAUAAUUUAAAAUUUUUUAAACUGGUACUUAAUUGAAUAUUUAAUUAUAAUAAUUAUUAUUUUUAUCUUUUGAUAAAGUUGGUAAUUUCUCUUUUAAGAACAUAUCGUGGAUAUGGUAUAAUAACUAUCAAUUAUAUACAAAUAUCAUAUGUAAUUUUUAAAACUGUAUAAACUGUUUCAGAUUUGAUAUUUUUGAAAAAAAAGGCUUGUAUAUAAGUAAUGGAAUAAUUAUUUUUCUAUAUAAUAACUACGCUUUAAAAAAAUAGUAAGAAUUAUUAUAGUAAAUACGAUUAGGUAGAACAAGUUGGGUUUUGUUUUUAGAAGAAAUUCAUAAUAUUCUAACUUAAUUUUCACUAAUAGCUUGACAGUUGAUAUUUUUACAGAACAUCAAAUUUUAGCUGAAAGUAUUUGUUUUAUAGUACUCGUGUAAAGAGUUUCUUUCAUAAUGAUCUUCGUCUAUCGUGAAAUAUUAAAUUCUUAAUAAAAAAGACUAUAUCAUACUGUUGAACAAAAUUUAAUAAUACAAGUUGAUAAUUCAAAGUUGAUGAAGUUAUAGUUUAUAAAAGAAAAACAAAAAAAUAAUUUUAAAGCAUCGUGCAAUUUAAUGUAUUUUAAUUAAAGCCAUUUAAAAGAUUUCAAUUACCACGUCAACUCAAGUAGACAUUAAUAUUUUUCCACUGCGCUGACUAAAUCUUAUGAAUUACUGUAAUGAUUUUUAUUCAUGGUAUUAACGUCAAUGUUAUAUGAAAAUUGUAAGAGAGAAAAAAUAUGUUCUUUGUUAAAUGUUAUACAAGAUAUAUCUAAAAUUUUAAUAAUG